GAAGGGUGGAUGGACAAAGUGGAGGUGGAUGAUCGACUGGAAUUUCCUUACCUUGUCACCACCCACCACACCAUGGACCCCCGACAAAGCGAGCAGAAGCGGCCGGCGUACGACACGCAGGACUUUAUGGCUGUCAUCCUUGUCGGCAAGGGAGAAAACCUCUUCCCGUUCAAUGAGGGCCCGAAUGUCGUCCCCAAGGCGUUGAUGCCCGUCGGCAACAAGCCCGUUAUUAACAUCGUGCUCGACUGGGUGUUUGCCGCUGGCUUGACAGACGUCCUCCUCAUCGUCCCGCCGUCCGCUGGCGCCGCCAUCUCCGAAUACCUCACCGAAUAUCUCCAGCUCGAGUACUCGUCGUCGUCGCACCAGCGCGAGCCGCGCGUCGUGCUCAAAACCUACGCCGAGGGCGAGGACGACGAAGACGAUCUGGAAGACAAGAGCGGGACGGCGCGCCUGCUCAAACGUUUCCGCAACGACAUCAAGAGUGACUUCAUCCUUCUACCGUGCGACAUCUCCUUCCCGUCGUCCCUGACCCUCGCGUCCAUCCUCGACCGGCACCGCGCGACGCCAGACGCCGUCCUCACGAGCGUAUGGUACGAAGCGCCCGAGGCGGUGCGCGAGAGCGAAGAGCGCAUGCUCGUCGCGACGGACACGACGACCAGCGAGCUCCUGCAAGUCACGCCGCUCGACGACCUCGAAAACGCCGACCUCGACCUCCGCAUGGCGCUCAUCAGUGCGCACCCCAAGCUCUCGCUCUCCACCCGCCUCCUCGACGCGCACGUCUACGUCCUCCGCCGCACCGUGCUCGACCUCCUCGCGUCCCGCCGCAGCCGCGACCUCACCUCCAUGAAGGAGCAGUUCAUCCCCUGGCUGCUCAAGGGCACGUGGCAAACGGGGCUGGCGGAGCAGUGGGGACCGGUUCUCGACCCCCCGCGCCGCGACCCCUUCGCCGACGCCCUCGCCCGCUCCACCGCCGCAUACCGCUCGCAGCCGGCCGAGGCGCGCGAGGAAAGCGAGACGCCGGCCGAGAGCGCCGGCGAAGAGCUGCUGGCGUUCAAAGCCCGCGUCGGGCGCACGGGCAAGAGCGCGCGCGCACGCCACGCACGCGCGAGCUGGACGUGCCGCGUCGUCGUCGUCAAGCCAGAGGUGGAGCAGGCCGCUCCCGCCCCGGCCAAGGGCAAGGGCGCGAAGCCCGCCGGCCCAGAGCCAGAGUACAUCCUCCGCGCGAACAACAUCGCCGGAUACUGGGAGAUGAACAGGCAUCUCGUCAAGACGCUUGGGGGUGCGCCGCGCGCUAAAGAGGACAAGGAGGACGCGGUGGCUGCGAGCGCGCAGAUCUCGCCCGACUCGCUUGUCGGCGAGGGCGUGCGUGUCGGCGAGCGCGCGAGCAUCAAAAAGUGCAUCGUCGGCAGGCACUGCGUCAUCGGCAAGAAUGCAAAGCUCACCGGGUGUGUCCUCUGGGACUUUUGUGUUGUCGAGGAGGGUGCGCGGCUCGAGAACGCCGUGCUGGCGAACAAUGUGCGGGUGGGCGAGAAGGCGCAGAUCAAGGACUGCGAGUUCGGCCCGGGAUUCGAGGCAAAGCCCGGCGCCAUCAUCAAGGGCGAGCGCAUGGUCGCGGGCCAGGAGGCGUAGAGCGCCAGUAUAUAGUCGCAUGCACUGCAUAGCUACAGGAG